UCAGCAUUUUACGAAUAAACAGAUACAAUGGCAGUGAUGUUCAGGCUCUUGCUAGACUUGACAAUGCUAAAGAAAUCCGUGUGUACCAGAAAAGAACUCAAACUGCAGUCAAAAGCCACGCAUGUGAAGUGGACCCAUAUGGAAUGCCGGGGGGAUGUUCACACAUCUGUCUGCUCAGCAGCAGCUACAAAGCACGGACUUGUCGCUGCAGGACUGGCUUCAUCCUGGGGAGCGAUGGCAGGUCAUGCAAAAGACCAAAGAAUGAAUUGUUUCUUUUUUAUGGGAAGGGACGCCCAGGAAUAAUCCGGGGCAUGGACCUGAAUACCAAAGUAUCUGAUGAGUACAUGAUUCCUAUAGAGAACUUGGUCAAUCCUCGUGCUCUGGACUUCCAUGCCGAAACCAAUUACAUUUACUUUGCUGAUACCACCAGUUUCCUAAUUGGACGACAGAAAAUUGAUGGCACGGAGCGAGAAACGAUCCUCAAAGAUGAUCUUGAUAAUGUAGAAGGCAUAGCAGUGGACUGGAUUGGAAAUAAUCUUUAUUGGACAAAUGAUGGCCACAGGAAAACAAUUGCUGUCGCCAGACUAGAAAAAGCUGCUCAGAGCAGAAAAACUUUGUUGGAGGGAGACAUGUCCCACCCUAGAGGAAUUGUUGUUGAUCCUGUCAAUGGAUGGAUGUAUUGGACAGACUGGGAAGAAGAUGAAAUAGAUGCCAGUGUGGGAAGGAUUGAGAAGGCCUGGAUGGACGGCUACAGUCGGCAGAUUUUUGUAACAUCAAAGAUGUUGUGGCCAAAUGGUUUAACUCUGGACUAUCGUGCCAAUGUGUUGUACUGGUGUGAUGCCUAUUAUGAUCACAUUGAAAGGAUAUUUUUGAAUGGAACUGACAGGAAGGUAGUCUACAGUGGAAAAGAUUUGAAUCAUCCUUUUGGGCUGUCACACCAUGGAAAUUAUAUUUACUGGACAGAUUAUAUGAAUGGGUCAAUUUUCCAGUUGGAUCUGCUUACAAGGAAUGUGACACUGUUGAGAAGUGAAAGACCACCUUUGUUUGGACUCCAGAUUUAUGAUCCACGUAAACAGCAAGGUGACAAUGCAUGUCGUGUUAAUAAUGGAGGCUGCAGCACUUUGUGUUUGGCCAUUCCUGGAGGCAGAGUUUGUGCCUGUGCAGAUAAUCAGCUUUUGGAGGAAAACAGAACAACCUGCAUGAUUAAAGAUGAAGAAGUGCCACCCCAGUUGUGCAAAGCUGAGCAGUUCCAGUGCAGCAAUAAACGGUGUAUCCAGGAUCGCUGGCGCUGUGACGGGGAUGAUGACUGCCUGGAUGGCAGUGAUGAACACUCUGAAAUCUGCUUCAAUCAUAGUUGUCCUGAUGAUCAGUUUAAGUGCCAAAAUAAUCGCUGCAUUCCCAAGAGGUGGCUUUGUGAUGGAGCCAAUGAUUGUGGUAAUAAUGAAGAUGAAUCAAAUAAAACUUGUGCAGCAAGAACGUGUCAGGUUGACCAAUUUUCCUGUGGGAAUGGACGCUGCAUUCCGACAUCGUGGCUGUGUGACAGGGAGGAUGACUGUGGGGAUGGGACAGAUGAAAUGACAUCCUGUGAAUUCCCAACAUGUGAGCCACUAACUCAGUUUAUAUGCAGAAAUGGAAGAUGCAUUAGCAGCAAAUGGCUCUGUGAUUCAGAUGAUGACUGUGGUGAUGGAAGUGAUGAGCUGGGCUGCAUUCACUCCUGUUCUGCUGACCAGUUCAGGUGUCAUAAUGGUCGAUGUAUCCCGGGGCACUGGGCUUGUGAUGGUGACAAUGACUGUGGAGAUUUCAGUGAUGAAACCAAAACAAACUGCAGCAAGGAAGAAACUCCCUCUCCUGGAAGGUGCAAUGGGAGGGAAUUUCAGUGCAGUCCUGAUGGGAACUGUGUCCCUGAGUUGUGGCGCUGUGAUGGAGAAAAGGACUGUGAAGAUGGGAGUGAUGAAAAGGGCUGUAAUGGAACUAUCCGACUGUGUGAUGAAAAAACAAAGUUCUCUUGCCAGAGUACAGGGAGAUGCAUUAGCAAAGCGUGGCUUUGUGAUGGCGAUAUUGAUUGUGAGGAUCAGUCUGAUGAGGAUAAUUGCGAGGGCUAUAUGUGUGGACCACCAAAAUACCCUUGUGCUAAUGAUACCUCCAUCUGCCUACAGCCUGAGAAGCUCUGCAAUGGGAGAAGAGAUUGUCCUGAUGGAUCUGAUGAAGGCGAUCUUUGUGAUGAAUGUUCACUUAACAAUGGUGGAUGUAGCCAUCAAUGUUCUGUGGUUCCUGGAGGAAGAAUUGUGUGCUCCUGCCCUGCAGGAUUCAGUCUUGGUAUAGACAACAAAACUUGUGGGGUUAUGGAUUACUGUACCAAGCACCUGAAGUGCAGCCAAGUGUGUGAACAGCAUAAAAACACUGUCAAGUGCUCAUGUUACGAAGGCUGGAAGCUCAGUAAGGAUGGAGAAAAUUGUGUUAGUACUGAUCCAUUUGAAGCUUUCAUAAUUUUUUCUAUUCGACAUGAGAUCAGAAAAAUUGAUCUUCACAAGCGUGACUACAGCCUCUUAGUUCCUGGACUAAGAAAUACAAUAGCCCUUGACUUCCAUUUCAGUCAGAGUUUACUGUACUGGACAGAUGUGGUAGAGGACAAAAUUUACAGAGGCAAGCUCUCUGACACUGGAGGUGUUAGUGCCAUUGAGGUUGUGGUACAACAUGGCCUGGCCACACCAGAAGGUCUUACUGUAGAUUGGAUUGCAGGAAACAUAUACUGGAUAGACAGCAAUUUGGACCAGAUUGAAGUAGCAAAACUAGAUGGCACUCUGAGAACAACAUUAAUAGCUGGAGCUAUGGAACAUCCAAGGGCUAUUGCUUUGGAUCCCAGAUAUGGGAUUCUGUUUUGGACGGACUGGGAUGCAAAUUUUCCUCGCAUUGAAUCUGCUUCCAUGAGUGGAGCAGAAAGAAAAAUCAUCUAUAAAGAUAUGGAUACUGGAGCCUGGCCUAACGGCCUUACUGUAGAUCACUUUGAAAAAAGAAUAGUGUGGACAGAUGCCAGGUCGGAUGCCAUUUAUUCUGCACUGUAUGAUGGAACCGGCAUGAUAGAGAUCAUACGGGGUCACGAAUAUCUUUCUCACCCUUUUGCUGUUUCUUUGUAUGGGAGUGAAGUUUAUUGGACAGAUUGGAGAACCAAUACACUGGCAAAAGCCAAUAAGUGGACUGGCCAGAAUGUCAGUGUAAUACAAAAAACAAGUGCUCAGCCAUUUGAUCUUCAGAUCUACCAUCCGAGUCGUCAACCACAAGCUUCCAAUCCAUGUGCUGCUAACGAGGGCAGAGGUCCAUGUUCUCACAUGUGUCUGAUCAAUCACAACAGAAGUGCUGCCUGUGCCUGUCCACACCUGAUGAAACUGUCUUUAGACAAGAAAACAUGUUAUGAAAGAAAGAAAUUUCUCCUCUAUGCAAGGCGUUCAGAAAUAAGAGGGGUGGACAUAGAAAAUCCAUAUUUCAACUUCAUCACAGCCUUCACUGUUCCUGACAUUGAUGAUGUGACAGUCAUAGAUUUUGAUGCUGUUGAGGAACGCUUAUACUGGACUGAUGUGAAAACACAAACCAUCAAACGUGCCUUCAUCAAUGGGACUGGCUUAGAAACCAUUAUUUCGAGAGAUAUUCAGAGUAUCAGAGGUCUUGCAGUGGAUUGGAUAUCACGUAAUUUAUAUUGGAUUAGCUCGGAAUUUGAUGAAACACAAAUUAACGUGGCACAUUUAGAUGGUUCCUUGAAAACCUCAAUCAUCCAUGGAAUCGAUAAACCUCAGUGUCUUGCAGUUCACCCAGUAAAAGGUAAACUCUACUGGACCGACGGUAACACAAUUAACAUGGCAAACAUGGACGGCAGCAACAGCAAAAUACUCUUCCAGAAUCAAAAAGAUCCUGUUGGCCUGUCAAUAGAUUAUGGGGAGAACAAGCUUUACUGGAUCAGUUCAGGAAAUGGAACCAUAAACAGAUGCAAUUUGGAUGGUGGUAAUCUUGAAAUAAUAGAAUCAAUGAAAGAAGACUUAACAAAAGCCACAGCUUUAACCAUUAUGGAUAAAAAGCUUUGGUGGGCAGACCAGAACUUAGCUCAGAUUGGAACCUGCAAUAAAAAGGAUGGAAGAAACCCAACUGUCCUGAGAAACAAAACUUCAGGUGUUGUACAUAUGAAAGUGUAUGAUAAAGCAGCACAACAAGGCAGCAAUUCCUGUCAGUUAAACAAUGGUGGAUGUUCCCAGCUUUGCCUACCAACAUCAGAAACCACCAGGACUUGUGUGUGUACAGUGGGCUACAACCUUCAAAAAAACCGCAUGGCUUGCAAAGGUAUCGAAUCAUUUCUCAUGUAUUCUGUUCAUGAAGGAAUAAGAGGAAUUCCUCUUGAUCCAAAUGAUAAAAUGGAUGCUUUAAUGCCUAUAUCUGGGACUUCAUUUGCUGUGGGCAUAGACUUCCAUGCAGGAAAUGAUACAAUCUAUUGGACAGACAUGGGUUUCAACAAAAUUAGCAGGUCUAAGCGAGACCAAACAUGGAAGGAAGACAUUGUUACAAAUGGUUUGGGAAGAGUUGAAGGCAUUGCAGUGGACUGGAUAGCAGGUAACAUAUAUUGGACGGAUCAUGGCUUCAACUUAAUUGAAGUUGCCAGGCUCAACGGCUCCUUCCGAUAUGUGGUUAUAUCCCAGGGCUUGGACCAGCCGAGAUCUAUCGCAGUACACCCAGAAAAAGGGUAUUUAUUUUGGACAGAGUGGGGACAGACUCCUUGCAUAGGCAGGGCACGCUUAGAUGGCUCUGAGAAGGUUGUCCUUGUGAGCCUGGGGAUUGCGUGGCCUAACGGGAUUUCCAUCGAUUACGAGGAAAAUAAAUUAUAUUGGUGUGAUGCUCGUACCGACAAGAUAGAAAGAAUUGACCUUGAGAGUGGAGGGAAUCGGGAGAUUGUGCUGUCAGGGAGCAAUGUGGAUAUGUUUUCAGUUGCGGUGUUUGGAGCUUACAUCUACUGGUCUGACAGAGCACAUGCAAAUGGCUCUAUUAGAAGAGGCCACAAGAAUGAGGCCACGGAUGCUGUGACCAUGAGGACUGGCCUUGGAAUAAACCUGAAGGAAGUGAAAGUCUUUAAUAGAGCACGAGAGAAAGGCACCAAUGUGUGUGCCAAGAAUAACGGUGGGUGUCAUCAGCUCUGCCUUUACCGGGGAAAUGCACGGAGAAUGUGUGCUUGUGCACACGGAUAUCUUGCAGAAGAUGGAAUUAGUUGCCUGAGACAUGAAGGCUACCUGUUGUACUCAGGGAGGACCAUAUUAAAAAGCAUUCACCUUUCUGAUGAAACCAACUUGAAUUCACCAAUAAGGCCAUAUGAAAACCCAGAGUACUUCAAAAACGUCAUAGCUCUGGCUUUUGACUACAGCCUGAAGGGAAGGGGCACAAACCGCAUAUUCUUCAGUGAUGCACACUAUGGAAAUAUUCAAGUUAUUAAAGACAACUGGGCUGGCAGAAAAGUGCUAAUUGAAAAUGUUGGGUCAGUGGAGGGACUUGCUUAUCACAGAGCUUGGGACACCCUGUAUUGGACCAGUUCCACCACAUCCUCCAUCACGAGACACACCGUUGACCAGAGGCGUCGAGGGGCUUUCAAUCGGGAAGCUGUAAUAACCAUGUCAGAGGAUGAUCAUCCACACGUGCUGGCUCUGGAUGAAUGCCAAAACUUAAUGUUUUGGACUAACUGGAAUGAGCAGCUCCCAAGCAUCAUGAGAUCUACCCUCUCAGGCAAAAAUGCACAGGUUAUCAUUAGUACAGAUAUUCUGACACCAAAUGGACUGACCAUUGAUCACAGGGCAGAGAAACUUUACUUUUCAGAUGGCAGCUUGGGAAAAAUUGAGAGGUGUGAAUAUGAUGGAUCACAAAGAUAUGUAAUUGUGAAGUCUGGACCAGGCACGUUUCUCAGCCUGGCUGUGUAUGAUGAAUACAUCUUCUGGUCAGAUGGGGUGAGGAGAGCUAUCCUGCGUUCCAGUAAAUACACAGGAGGAGACACAAAAGUUCUUCGUUCUGAUAUCCCUCAUCAGCCAAUGGGCAUUAUUGCUGUUGCCAAUGACACCAACAGUUGUGAGUUAUCUCCUUGUGCACAAAUGAAUGGAGGUUGUCAUGAUUUGUGCCUUCUGACGCCUGACGGGCGAGUGAACUGCUCGUGUAGAGGGGACAGAAUUCUGAUAGAUGAUAACAGAUGUGUGACUAAAAAUUCUACUUGCAACAUUUAUUCAGAGUUUGAAUGUGGAAAUGGUGAAUGCAUUGAUUAUCAGCUGACUUGUGAUGGCAUUGCUCAGUGUAAGGACAAGUCCGAUGAGAAACUUUUCUACUGUGAAAAUAGAGGCUGUCGGAAGGGUUUCAAGCCAUGUUCUAAUCGUCGCUGCGUUUCGAGUAAUAAAGUGUGUGAUGGUGUAAAUGACUGCGGUGACAACUCUGAUGAAUUUGACUGUAAAGAUUCAACAUGUGCUUCGACAGAAUUCCGUUGUGCAGAUGGGACUUGCAUUGGAAAAUCAGCGCAGUGCAACCAGAUCAUUGAUUGUGCAGAUGCUUCAGAUGAAAAGAACUGCAAUAAUACAAACUGUGCUUACUUCUAUAAACUUGGAAUAAAAUCUUCAGGAUUUAUUAGCUGCAAUUCAACUUCCCUUUGUAUUCUGCCAGAGUGGAUAUGUGAUGGAUCUAAUGACUGUGGAGAUUAUACAGAUGAACUAAAAUGCCCAGUUCAAAACAAACCCACAUGUGAAGAAAAUUAUUUUGGUUGUCCUAGUGGAAGAUGUAUUCUGACCACCUGGCUUUGUGAUGGGCAGAAAGACUGUGAGGACGGAGUAGAUGAAUUGCACUGUGAUUCGUCCUGCUCAUGGAAUCAAUUUGCUUGCUCUGCAAACAAAUGCAUCUCUAAGCAGUGGAUUUGUGAUGGUGAGGAUGACUGUGGAGAUGGUUUAGAUGAGAGUGAUGCUAUUUGUGGCUCAGUGACCUGUGCAGCAGACACCUUCAGCUGCUUGGGCUCCCACGCCUGUGUUCCCCGGCACUGGCUUUGUGAUGGUGAGAGAGACUGUCCCAAUGGAAGUGAUGAGCUGUCCACAGCAGGCUGUGCUCCUAAUAACACUUGUGACGAGAAUGCUUUCAUGUGCCAUAACAAAGUCUGCAUUCCCAAACAGUUUGUUUGUGACCAUGAUGAUGACUGUGGAGAUGGAUCAGAUGAAUCUCUGGAAUGUGGAUACCGUCACUGUCGUCCUGGAGAGUUCACCUGUGCUGAUGGCAGAUGCCUGUUAAAUUCCCAGUGGCAAUGUGAUGGGGAUUUUGACUGCCCAGACCAUUCUGAUGAAGCACCUCUCAACAUCAAAUGCAGAAGUUCAGAGCAGUCAUGUAACAGCUCUUUUUUUAUGUGCAAAAAUGGCAAGUGCAUUCCUCAAAGUGAUGUUUGUGAUAACAAAGAGGAUUGUAGUGAUGGGUCUGAUGAGAAAAGCUGCCACACUAAUGAAUGCCUCAGUAAAAAAGUUAGUGGCUGUUCGCAGGAUUGUCAGGAUCUUCCUGUUGGAUACAAGUGCAAAUGCUGGCCUGGAUUCCUCCUGAAGGAUGAUGGCAAAACAUGUGUAGAUAUUGAUGAAUGUUCAUCUGGAUUUCCCUGUAGCCAGCAAUGCAUCAAUACAUAUGGAACCUACAAAUGUUUGUGUGCAGAAGGGUAUGAAAUACAGCCUGAUAACAUCAAUGGCUGCAAAUCCCUUUCAGAUGAGGAACCUUUCUUAAUUCUGGCUGAUCAUCAUGAAAUAAGAAAAAUUAGCACUGAUGGAUCCAACUACACUUUGUUGAAACAGGGGCUGAACAAUGUGAUUGCAGUAGACUUUGACUAUAGAGAAGAGUUCAUCUAUUGGAUUGAUUCCAGCAGACCAAAUGGCAGUCGCAUAAACAGAAUGUCUUUAAAUGGAAGUGACAUCAAGGUAAUCCACAAUACAGCUGUUCCAAAUGCACUGGCUGUCGAUUGGAUUGGGAAGAAUCUGUAUUGGUCUGACACUGAAAAGAGAAUUAUUGAGGUGUCUAAACUCAAUGGUUUAUACCCAACUGUCCUUGUGAGCAAGAGGGUGAAGUUUCCCAGAGAUCUCUCCUUAGAUCCUCAAGCUGGAUACUUAUACUGGAUUGAUUGCUGUGAGUACCCUCACAUUGGCCGUGUUGGGAUGGAUGGAUCCAGACAAACAGUUAUCAUAGAGGCACAGAUAUCCAGACCUAUGGCUCUUACAAUAGAUUAUGUCAACCACAGGCUGUAUUGGGCUGAUGAAAAUCACAUUGAGUUUUCUGACAUGGAUGGAUCUCACAGACAUAAAGUCCCUAAUCAAGACAUUCCAGGGGUGAUUGCACUAACACUGUUUGAAGACUACAUCUACUGGACAGACGGGAAAACCAAAUCGCUCAGCCGUGCCCACAAAACCUCUGGAUCAGAUAGACUGUCACUGAUUAACUCAUGGCACACCAUAACAGACAUCCAGGUGUAUCAUUCUUACAGGCAACCUGAUGUGUCUAAACACGUGUGUACACUAAACAAUGGUGGUUGCAGUCACUUGUGCCUUCUGGCCCCUGACAAGAUGUACACGUGUGCCUGUCCCACCAACUUCUACCUGGCUGCUGAUAACAAGACGUGUCUGUCAAACUGCACAGCCAGUCAGUUCCGUUGCAAAACUGACAAGUGCAUCCCGUUCUGGUGGAAGUGUGACACUGUGGAUGACUGUGGGGAUGGCUCCGACGAGCCUCCGGAAUGCCCUGAAUUCAGAUGUCAACCAGGACGUUUUCAGUGUGGAACUGGACUUUGUGCUCUUCCAGCCUUUAUCUGUGAUGGAGAGAAUGACUGUGGGGACAAUUCUGAUGAACUGAACUGUGACACACAUGUGUGUCUGUCUGGUCAGUUCAAGUGCACAAAAACUCAGAAGUGCAUUCCAAUAAACCUGAGAUGCAAUGGACAGGAUGACUGUGGUGAUGAAGAAGAUGAAAGAGACUGUCCUGAAAACAGUUGUUCUCCAGACCAUUUCCAGUGUAAAACAACAAAGCACUGCAUUUCCAAACUGUGGGUAUGUGAUGAAGACCCAGAUUGUGCUGAUGGAUCAGAUGAAGCCAACUGUGAUAAAAAAACUUGUGGACCUCAUGAGUUCCAGUGCAAAAACAACAACUGCAUUCCAGACCACUGGAGAUGUGACAGCCAGAAUGAUUGUGGAGAUAAUUCUGAUGAAGAAAACUGUAAGCCUCAAACAUGCACUUUGAAAGACUUUCUGUGUGCAAAUGGAGAUUGUGUUUCAGCGAGAUUCUGGUGUGAUGGAGACUAUGACUGUGCAGAUGGCUCAGAUGAGAGGUAUUGUGACACAGGCUGUUCAAGGGAUCAGUUCCAGUGCUCCAAUGGUCAGUGCAUAUCAGCAAAGUGGAAAUGUGAUGGUCACGAAGACUGCAAACUUGGGGAUGAUGAGAAAAAUUGUGUACCAGCAUCUCCAACCUGCUCUUCAAGUGAGUACGUGUGUGCAAGUGGAGGCUGCAUUUCGGCAUCUUUGAAGUGCAAUGGAGAGUAUGACUGUGCUGAUGGAUCUGAUGAGAUGGAUUGUGUAACAGAAUGUAAAGAAGAUCAGUUUCGAUGUAAAAAUAAGGCCUACUGUAUCCCUGUCAGAUGGCUUUGUGAUGGGAUCCAUGACUGUGUGGAUGGCAGUGAUGAAGAAAACUGUGACCAAGGGGGAAAUAUAUGUAGAGCUGAUGAGUUUUUGUGCAAUAAUUCCCUCUGCAAACUACAUUUUUGGGUUUGUGAUGGUGAGGAUGACUGUGGAGAUAACUCUGAUGAAGUUGCUGAAAUGUGUGUAAAGUUUCCAUGCCCUCCAACAAGGCCGUUCAGAUGUAGAAACAACAGGGUUUGUCUGCGACCUGAGCAGAUUUGCAAUGAGGUCGAUGACUGUGGUGAUAACUCGGAUGAAGAUCACUGUGAUAAAAUCACAUACAAACCAAGACCAUGUAAAAAAGAUGAGUUUGCUUGUAAUGAUAAGAAAUGUAUUCCGAUGGAGCUGCAGUGCGACUGGUUUGAUGACUGUGGAGAUGGUUCAGAUGAGCAAGACUGCAAAAUAAGUGUUGCUGAGUAUACAUGUGAAGAUAAUGUGAAUCCUUGUGGAGAUGAUGCAUACUGUAAUCAGACAAAAACAUCCCUUUUGUGUCAGUGUAAACCUGGCUUUCAGAGAAACAGGAGGAAUAGACAAUGUGAAGAUAUCAAUGAGUGUAUGGUAUUUGGUGCCUGCUCCCAACACUGCAAUAAUAUUAAGGGGUCAUACAGAUGUGCAUGUGAGAAAAAUUAUAAGGAGAGGAAUAACAGUUGCAUAGCAAAAGGCUCUGAAGAUCAAGUUCUCUAUGUUGCUAAUGACACUGACAUCCUGGGUUUUGCAUAUCCAUUCAACUACAGUGAUGCUCAUCAGCAAAUAUCACAUAUUGAACAUAAUUCAAGGAUAACUGGAAUGGAUGCAUAUUUUCGAGGGGAUAUGAUUGUUUGGAGUACUCAGUUUAAUCCAGGAGGGAUUUUCUACAGAAAACUUCACGACAGAGAGAGAAGGCAAAGUAACAGUGGCUUGAUAUGUCCAGAAUUCAAAAGGCCCAGGGGCAUUGCUGUUGACUGGGUGACUGGAAAUAUUUACUGGACUGAUCACUCUCGGAUGCAUUGGUUCAGCUACUACACCACUCACUGGACCAGCCUGAGAUACUCCAUCAAUGUGGGUCAACUGAACGGGCCCAACUGCACCAGGCUCCUCACGAGCAUGGCAGGAGAACCAUAUGCAAUUGCUGUAAAUCCUAAAAGGGGGAUGAUGUACUGGACAGUUAUUGGGGAUCGCUCUCACAUAGAGGAAUCAUCUAUGGAUGGUACUCUGAGAAGGAUAUUGGUUCAAAAGAACUUACAAAGACCUACAGGCCUCGUAGUUGAUCAGUUCAGUCAGCGCCUGUUCUGGGCUGAUUUUGAAUUAUCUGUUAUUGGGAGUGUCCUUUUUGAUGGUUCUGACUCAGUUGUGUCUGUGAGUACUAAACAAGGUUUGCUGCAUCCACAUAGAAUCGACAUUUUUGAGGAUUACAUAUAUGGAGCAGGUCCUAAAAAUGGUGCAUUUAGAGUACACAAAUUUGGCAGGAGCCUUGUGGAAUAUCUAAGUGUGGAUGUUGAUAAAGCAAAAAGUGCCUUGAUUUUUCACCGCUACAAACAGAUGGACUUGCCUAAUCCGUGCUUGGACCUGACUUGUGAAUUCAUUUGUUUACUCAACCCUUCUGGUGCAACAUGUGCUUGUCCAGAAGGAAAAUCAUUGAUGAAUGGAACAUGCGUUGAUCAAAGCCUCUUAGAUGGCACCUGUAAAUUAACCUGUGAGAAUGGAGGAAAGUGCAUUAUAAACGAGAAGGGGGAUCCCCGAUGUCACUGCUGGCCAAGUUACUCUGGUGAAAGGUGUGAAACAAACCAUUGCUACAACUACUGCCAGAAUGGAGGAACCUGUGGAGCCUCUCUCCUUGGUCGGCCGACCUGCAACUGCGCGCUGGGUUUUACGGGGCCAAACUGCAACCAGACGGUCUGUGAACGCUUCUGCCAAAACGGGGGAACCUGCAGUGUCACCACGGGGAAUCAGCCCUUCUGCACCUGCUUGCCUGAGUAUACAGGAGACAGGUGCCAGUACUAUGUUUGCCACCAUUACUGUGUGAAUUCUGAAUCCUGCACUAUUUCUGAUGAUGGAAGUGUAGAAUGUGUCUGUCCAGUACGGUUUGAAGGUCCAAAAUGUGAAGUGGACAAGUGCAUCAGGUGCCACGGGGGACACUGCAUAAUAAACAAGGACAGCAGUGACAUUGUAUGCAAUUGCACUAAUGGAAAGAUUGCCUCUACCUGCCAGCUGUGUGAUGGCUACUGUUACAACGGUGGUACAUGUCAGCUGGACCCAGAGACAAACAUUCCUGUCUGUCUAUGCUCUGUGGGGUUUAAAAGUCAGCGCUGUGACCAGAAAGUGAACCCUUGUGAUUACUACUGUCAGAAUGAGGGAAUUUGCACUUUAACCACGUUUAAUGAACCGAGAUGCAAAUGUUCAGCCAACUGGUCAGGCACACAGUGUGAGAGGCCAGCUCCCAAAAGCAGCAAGUCUGACAAUAUCAGUACAAGAAGCAUAGCAAUCAUUGUUCCUCUUGUUUUACUGGUGACUUUGAUCACAACUCUGGUAAUUGGACUAUUUCUUUGCAAAAGAAAACGAAGGACAAAAACUAUCAGAAGACAACCCAUGAUAAAUGGAGGAAUCAACGUAGAAAUCGGCAAUCCAUCCUAUAACAUGUAUGAGGUGGGCCAUGACCACAGUGAAGGUGGUCUUUUAGCCUCAGAUUUUACUGUAAAUGCAGAAAAGCCAACAAAUUACGCCAAUCCAGUAUAUGCAAAGUUAUACGUGGAUGGACAAAACUGUCGAAACUCCUUAGCAAGUGUUGAUGAAAGAAGAGAACUUCUUCCAAAGAAAAUAGAUAUUGGGAUAAGGGAGACUGUGGCAUAAUCUGCUGUUACCUUUUAUACUCUGUAUAAAUGUAUAAAAUAUAAGGAUUACUUUUCUAUGUACCAACAGUAUUAUAAUUGUUUUGGCAUCAGCAUUACCUCUGUUUUUUGUUUGGUUGAUUGUUUUCUGGGUUUUUCUUUUGCUGAUGACUUUUGACUGACCAUUUGUAAGGUAUUUUUAUGAAAAAGAAACUGCACUACGGUACAAUUUACAACAAUGCUGCUGAAAUAACACACCUUUAAAUUUGUUAAAAUGGCAAACAACGUAUUCGUUUGUAGCGUGAAAAUGAGCAAUCUAUUUUCUAUGAACUUUUUUGGUUCUACUUAAUCAAUGAAGAUGGUAUCUGCACUUUUUCAUUAUGUAGUCUGGAAGCUGUAGUACAGUGUGUAACUUUGUUUAUUUUAAAUGGUGAAAGAAUGAUUGAAUGGUCUACUCUCUUCUUUGUGCCCAUUAGAAUUUCUCUUCAGAUCCUGAUGAAGCUAGAUAACUUUUCACAAACAUACAUAACUUGCUUUUAAAUUAGCUUUAGGUUGCCAAGAAGUAAACAAGACUAUAGAAAUGAGACAUCUAAUGAUCUGCAUGAACACAAUGAUUAUGUUUCAGAAAUUCAGUGACUGUACAUGAUAUACUAAACAUAUAUACCAUGUAAACAAGCUUUGUAUUUAUUAAAACCUUAUAGAACAUAGUAAAGAUAUAUCUUGGAAGCUGAAACCUUACUUGCUGUGGGACAAAGCAUCUGAACUCCAACAGUCCUGUAGGACAGUAGCCACCCUAGAGCACAAGAGGGCAUUGCCUACACAUGUGUUAUGUUUUUUCACUUAAUCACACGCAUUACUUACGGAUUAAUAAUUCCCCAACACAUACCGAGCAGUAGGGAAAAAACCAAACCCCAAACCUUAAGCACACUCAGAUGAUCACAGCAUUCGGUUUUGACAAUCACAA